AUGAGAGUUGCGCAGCACUCACAGUUGCAUUGUGAAGAAAGUCCUGACAGCUUUGACGUCUUGAAUAUUGUCAGGGCCUUCACACUGGGUCGUGUUGACUCCAAACUCUAUGGAUCACCAUCGCCGGUGUCGGCGCUGAAGGAGCUUGACCCACAGAACGCGCUAGACCUCGGUGUGUUCGCGUUUGAGCUGUCGUUCGAACAUCAGUCAGCAAGACUAAAUGGACAGGUCUUAACGGUAAGACAGACACACGCAGGAGUACUAGAGAUUGUGGUGAACGAAGGAAGGGUGUGGCUGCCACCGAUCGUCGCCGCGUUGCUAUAUAAACGGACAAAAGAGCUACCAGACAGCGUUCAGGUGCGCUUUGUGCGCUUGGAGAAGGUAAAGUUUGCGAGUCUGCAGCUGAGAGGAAAGGGUUUGGCGAUUAUGGUGCUUGAGCGCUCACUCAAGACGCGCACAACACUGACGGAGGGUGACGUACUGUUCAUCAGACAUCGCAAAGAGGCGGUUGGAAGUGCUUGUAUCGGAACUGAAGACCGAGCGAGCUGGUAA